CUCUCUCUCUCUUUCUCUGUGUGUGUGUGUGUUGUGUGUGAGAGAGAGUGAGAUCUCCUUGUCAAAAUGGUUUUCUUGAGAUUCAAUGUCUGUUGUAAGGAUUGUGAUUUGUUUUUGUUUUAAUUGAUUUCUUAUAAAUAUAUAUAUAUUUAUUUUAUUUUUCUGUUUAUGUGCUUUGCUUGCAUGCAGUUCCUUAAUGGUGUUGGUCAAAAGCUUUACAUGUAUCAUAAGCAUUAAGCUCCAGUAUAGUGUAGUUUUCAUGGGUUCUUUGCAAAUUUUCUUCUAAAAGAAAGAAAACAAAAGACAAUCUUUUUGUGGUCUUAAAUCUUCGCCAUUUCAUUGUUUUAGCCUGGGACUAUUUAUCUGUCUCAUAGAUUAGUUUUCUUUGUGUACUUUUAUUCUAUUACAGUUAAAAAAAAUAAAAUAUAAGAAAAGGACAAGAUUAAGGAAGCAAUAAUGAUUGAGCUCACAAGACUAGGGCAGUAAUACAUUGUUUUUUCUGAAGUGUUCUGUUUGUACUCAUUAGCUGAUUACUCAACUGUUUGGCCAGCUGAAUAAAAAUGUCAUCUUUUACAGUUGGAUUAAGAAAAUGCCAUUUCAGCCUGCAGUUUUGUUCUUUACUGUUUAUGAUUGAGAGUAGAGCAAAUUACACUAGAAUUUAUCAAUUUUGGCAUGAUACUGCAUUAUGGAUUGCGAACUCGUAUUGGGUUUUAGCACAUGGAUCUCUGGUAAUGCUAAGUGAGUGAUUUUGGUAAGUAGAAGCAGAUCACAAAAAAUGCAGAGAGAUUUUACCGGUUUCAGCAUGUGUUGCUUAUCUGAUCUUGAACUAGGCUAGCUACUCAUCCAAGAAGUGCUAGUUUGGGAUCAUAUAAAUCUAUUUGCAGUGGAUUCUUGGGAUAUUAGUUACUCAAUAAAAGAGGAACCAACUGGAUUCUUAAAAAAUGAUGUAAUGUAAUGAAGGAACUGAGACCUAGCAGCGUUGACUGUGAAAAUUGUGAGAUUUUUAUGUUGUACAACAUCUAUUGUUCCUUGUUAUUUCAACUGUAGCAACUUCUUCAGCUUCUUUAUGCUUGAAUUUCUCCCAUUGUGUGUAAUAGGUAUGGAUUAUACAAUGUGUUCAUUCGUUGGUAUACAUUAUAGGUGAAAAGCUAUCUCACAAUUGGCCUUUUCUUCUGCUUCAUCUUCUACCUUUUUUGAUUUUAAGUGGUGACAGCAUGCAACUAAAGGAUUGAGGUUGCAAUGUAAGAGGUCCCUGCUACAGUUGACAGUACCAUAAACUUGCAAAACUCAAUCGAACAGCUGAUUAAGGUCUCAUUUCUUGGGAGAACAUAAUGUUGGUUAGCAGCGACUAUGAUCUGAGUUUAUCAUUGCGGUAUGAGGAACCUGUGAAAGAAGCUCUCAAGGAGACAAUACUCAGGCAAGAAUACACGUUCAAGAAGCAGGUUUAUGAACUUCAUCGCCUGUACGACACACAAAAAAUCAUGAUGAAGGAUCUGAGCUGGAAAGAGUUGGAUGGGGUUUAUUUUAGCAGAGAAGGCCGACAAGCAAAUCCAGUUGCAUAUGGAAAUUGUAUCAGACCUUCAUCCAUGCCUGCAGAGAAGAGAAUUUGCAGCGUCCCUAAGGUGUUGAACUGGUUACAAGAGAAACGAGACACCUUUCCAGGUUUCCAGCAACGGCUUUCCAAUCCUCAAAUUUGUUCCCCUCAUUAUCUUGAUCAUAUUGCCGGAAAGAGCUUGAAUAAGAGACCUGGUUUGUGCAGUAGUCUAGAGUCAAUUGAGAGAAAUCAUUAUUACCAUGGUGGUGUCGUACGUUGUCCUGAGGAGGUUAAUCUAUCAUUGAGCAUUGGUAGGAACCAUCUGGAAACAAGUGCCAGAACAAAAACUUUUAAUCAUAUAAUUGAUUUAGAAGAAUCAGAUGAAACACUGGCUGAUACUAAAACAGGUGGCCGAACAAAGACUUGGAAAAAUAUUAUUGAUUUAGAGGAAUCAGACCAAACAGUGUCUAAUGCAGAACUAAAGCCCCAGUCUCCUCUGAAGUCUGUAGCUCAAGUUUCUUAUUCUGGAUAUAAGCGUCAUUACCAAUCCACCCAAAAUUUCACAAACACCAUUAAGGAUUAUUGGUUUGAUGGCACUCCAAGAAAUUAUUUCGUUCCAGAUGGCAGCACGAGUUGUGUGGAGCAGAACUCUUUCGCUGAAGGAGCUGAACAAUGUGAGGGGCCUCUCAUUUCUGACGAUAUAUCAGCAAAGAGAAAAAUUAUGUUUUCUGAUGAACGAGCUUUUUUGGACCUUAACAAAUCCAUAUCUGAUGAUUCUUUUCACUCAAGGGAGUCACACGGACUGGCUGAUGAACCUCGUGGAGCUACCUUCCCCCAUGUUUCGAAUUGGAGAGAGCGGAAUGAUAACAGUUCAAAUGAGACCUCUGCUUUUGUUCACCAAAGAAUCCUUAAUUCUGCGACUGGAAGCAGCAGCAGUUAUAAAAGUGUGGAGAAUGUUGGAGUUGACCAGUACUCUAUAAACCUCAAUCAGCAACUUUCAAAAAAUAGUGGUAGUCCUUGCAGCCCGAUUAAGAAUUCCGAUUACAAGAAAUCAGACUUGAUCGUUGAAUUUCGCAAUAGGGAUGAUCAAGCUCCAAGUACACCAGAAAUGAAAAGCAAGAAAGCCAAGCAAGAUGCAGUGUCUUCUCCUGAAUGUAAGACUCGAGAUAUUGUUAAGGAUACUGGUUCUGACAGAUCUCCUUCGUCAUGCAAAUCUUCUUGUUUUGAGGACACAUCAAGUGGCGAAGAGACCAUGCAAUCUGGAACUCAGUUAGGAAAUUCAAGUUCCUUCCACUGUAAUGCAUUUCAAGAUUCUGAAACACUUAAAGCAAAUAAAUCUCCGCACCAGGAGGAUGUCGACUCUUCCAGUAACAGUGAUGACUUGAAGGGAAAAGCAUCAGAAGUUGAUGGUCUGAUCAUUAGGGGAGCAGUGUCUCUCGUCUAUCUUGCACUGGAAUGUUCUGAACCAAGUAACGCUAACAGGAUGAAGAAGAUUGAAGGUGAAAAUAUCGAACAACCACAGAGUUCUUUGGACAGUUUUGAAGAAAUGGUUCUCAAACAACCUGAAAGCUCAGUUGACGACUAUUCUGUAACCUCAAAUGCAUUUGAAGUUAACGACACAGAAGGAAAGGACAAUGGAAUAACAUUGAAGAGAGGAAGGAGAAUGAAAGAUUUUCAGAGGGACAUUAUGCCAAGCUUGGCAACACUAUCUAGGCAUGAGAUUUUUGAGGAUAUAAAGAUUAUGGAGACAGCACUUAGAUCAAGAGAAUACAAGAGACUUAGGUCCAAGACGACAAGCGAAUACAAGUGGUUCAAUCCUGUGAGAAAUAGGAGGUCUAGACUCAACUACGUAGGCCGCAAGCAUUAUUCAUGAACUAUUGAUUUGAUCAUUGGUAGUAGGAGCAAAUAGUGACCAAUUUUAGCACAGAAAGAUAGGAUCAAGGAACUAUUUUGAAACUUGUGACUCUUGACCAUGAUACUAUUUUUUGAACGUCUUUGUUAAGAGUUCAAUUUCAGAGCAUACUUAAUUUGCUCAGUAUUCUGUCUA